AUGGCGCCGCGGCCGCCGUCGUGGAGGUACGAAAUCGUCAUGUUUCUCGCCGUCAGCACGUCGUUCCUGGUGCUGUUCGACGCGUUUUCCGCAGACCGCGACACCCGGCGGAGCGCGCCGAUGCGCCCCGGACCGGCACCGAUGCUCACCACCUCCACCACCGAUGGCCGUCGGCGGCGUCCGUUGUUGGAUCUGAACGGCUUCGAGUACGUCAUCGACAGCGGCGCGUGCGACGGGCCGCGACGCCACACGCCCAUAGUGGUCCACAGCCACGUCGGCCACUUCGAGCGUCGCCGGGCCAUCCGCCAGUCCUAUCCGCGGACGGUGCUCGACCGGCUCGGGUUCCGUCACGUGUUCAUGGUCGGCUUGCCGUCGUCGGGCGACCUGCAGGCCCGGCUGCUCCGGGAGUCGUCCCGGCACGGCGACGUGGUGCAGGGAAACUUCCGAGAAGCGUACAGGAACCUGACGUACAAGCACGCGAUGGGCCUGACGUGGUUCGCGAAACGGUGCCCGCGGUCCGACUACAUGGUCAAGAUGGACGACGACAUCGCGGUGAACGUGUUCAAGCUGAACGCCGUGCUGGGACGGGCCGGCAACCGCGAUCUGGCCGGGUGCGUGAUCGCCGCGAAACCCAUACGGGACGAGAGCAACAAGUGGUACGUGAGCCGCGCCGAGUUUGCGGGCGACGCGUACCCGCCGUUCCUGUCCGGUUGGCUGUACGCGGCCAGGGCGGCGUCCGUCCCGCGUAUGCUGAGGGUGAUUGGCGAGAACGAAAAAUACUUUUGGAUCGACGAUUUGUACGUGACGGGCAUACUCGCCGAACGCGCAGGACUCGCGUUCACCGACCUGAGACCUGACUUCGAGACCGACCCGGGUCCGAUACACUGCUGCGUACACAAGCGACAGCGGUGCGACUUUCUGGCAGCACCCACCGGCGACGAUGACACAUUGCUCCAGCAGUACGCCGAACAGCUUACACGUUGUAGGGCUACCAACUCUUCCUGUGAUGCGUUUCGCAAGUCAAAACUCCAUCACAACUGUCUGGAUUUAUGGAAAAAGAAACAACCUCUAGAUGCGCGCAUGGGAAGACCGUCAAUAGAAAUAUUGAAUUGGAAUUAA